AUGGUAUUACAUGACUGUAUUGAUUUUGAACUUGCUAAAGAGGAGAAAAUACUUAUAGUUGUUGGAGUAGAAUUCGGCACAAAAUUUUCGACGUUUUCUUAUGCUUACAUUAAACCAGAGAAAGAGAAGAUAGAAAUUGUAGUGAAUCAAGAAUGGGGCCAUUUCAAAAGUCCUUAUAAACCCAAUACAGUAUUACAAUACGACGAAGACUAUAAAGAAGUUGUCUCUUGGGGAGCUGAUGCAUUAAGGUCUGAGCCUAGGAGAAGAAAAAGACAUACAUAUAAACUUUUACCAAGACUGGUGGAAGAUUUCAAACUCCAUUUAGAAAAUAUUCCAGAAAGCCAAAAACCCAAAUUACCACCUGGAAUUACUUUUGAUAAAGCAAUAACGGAUUAUCUUCGUGAAAUGGGUAACUAA